AAUGAAACCUUUCAAUUCGUAGUUGCCAAACAGAAUCUGAAAUUUGCUUAUUUAAAGGUCUAUCAAACACUUCAUUUUUUCCAUCUUUCUCCCCAUUGUAUUCUCAAUUCCAAAGAGUUUUUCUUCUAAAAGCCCGGCAACCAGUAUCUGUGUGCUAAAAAAUGGCGAUGGUGGGUGAUGUCUCUUUUCCUCCACAUAUCACGACUACCAAGCCCUUGUCGUUGGUUGGACAUGGAAUCACCGAGGUCGAGCUACAUUCUCAGCGACAUAAGUUCACAGCCGUCGGAGUUUACAUCGAUCCAAAGAUCAUAACUCAUUUGCAACAAUGGAAAGGUAAGUCUGGAAUGGAAUUAGCUGAAGACAACGCCAUCUUCGAUCGAGUAAUUUCAGCACCUGUUGAUAAGUACUUGAGAAUUGUUGUGACUAAGGAGAUCAAGGGAAUACAAUACGGUGUAGAACUAGUGCGUGCAGUGAAGGACAAAGUGGUGGCUGAGCACAAGUACGGAGAUGAAGAAGACAUGGCUCUCGUAGAAAUUAUGGAGUUUUUUCGGUUUCGUCCACUCAAUAAGGAUUCGGUACUUACUUUCAGCUUUCUGGCGACAUCAAACAUUGCUGAGAUUGGGUUCUCAAGUCAAGGAUAUGGAGAUGAUAUGACCACAAUGAAAGUGUUGAACAGGAAUGCAGUUGAGGCAAUGAAGAAAUGGUAUCUGGGUGGCACCAAGGCUUACUCUCCUUCGACAAUUUUAUCAUUGGCAAACACUUUGGCUUCGGAAUUGUCUAAAUAAGUUUCGAUUAUCGUGUGUAUUCAAAUUUGGUCUAUUUGUUUGUAUAUGGAAUGUUACCUUGUCUCGGUUUCCAUAUUGAGGUUGAUUUUGCCUUUA